GAGUUUCAUAACAAAUCUACUCCACGUGAAAAUUCUCCCGGCUUGUUUACUUUCCACUCAUUUCCAGGAAGAAUUUUCCCAUUUCCCAUUAAUUUACCAUCAAAUUGUAAUUAAAGUGACAAAGUUGGAGGAUCUGUGCAGCAUUUCCACUGUGAAUCAGCCCAAAACAUCCGGAGAUAAUGAGUUUUCGUGGAAGAGGCGGUGGUAGAGGUUUUGGGGGUGGUCGUGGUGGCGGAGGAGGCUUCCGCGGAGGGCGCGGCGGAGGAGGGCCGAGGAAUUUCGAUCAAGGACCCCCUGAGCAUGUAAUUCCUUUUGGGGAAUUCCACUAUCCGUGCGAAAAUGAUCUCGUCUGCAAGGCACAAAUUGAGAAUGUUCCGUACUUCAAUGCUCCCAUUUAUCUGGAGAAUAAGGAGCAAGUGGGGAAGGUUGAUGAGAUCUUUGGUAAUAUUCGUGACUACUUUAUCACAGUUAAGCUGUCAGAGUGCAUGAAGGCGGAUAACUUUAAGAGGAAACAGACGCUGUUCAUUGACCCGAAUAAGCUCCUGCCCCUGGCGAGAUUUCUACCUGCUCCACCUGGUCAGAAGCGUGGUGGGGGUAUUGGGAAACCCGGAGGAGGAAGAGGAGGUCGUGGUGGCCGUGGGGGCGGAGGCUUUGGAGGAAGAGGAGGACGUGGCGGUGGUGGUGGCUUUGGGGGACGAGGAGGAGGUGGCGGCGGCUUUGGUGGCCGCGGUGGUGGUGGAGGCUUCGGUGGAAGAGGUCGUGGAGGCUUUGGUGGCCGCGGCGGAGGAGGUGGUGGACGAGGAGGCGGCAAAAGGUGGUAAAUCUUCCCUGCAGAGAAGCUUCCAAACAUCCCGGACAAUUCCCGGAAAGGUAAAUAAGACAACAUCAAAAAAUCUUUAUCUGAUCAUUCUUUAUCUGACGAACAUUAAAAAUUUAUACAAUAAGAAUUUAUUAAAUUUAUCUAUAAAACAUUGAA